AUGGUCUGCAGCCGGGUUUACCGGUCAAAUCCAACGCUGCUGUGGUCUUUGGACCGACUUCAAGCGCCAGAACGGAUCACUCAUACCCAGCGGUUUGCAAAGACUGAAGCUCAGAGACCGUUCGUACUGGCUCUAUCACCACUCGAAGACAAGAUAGCGUCCAACUUCCCGAAGUUGCUGCACAACCUUCGCAUCCCACGCAGAAAGUGCUGCUUUGGCUACCAGGGGUUGCUGAUCAAGCUCGACCUAGCGUCAGAAGUCCAGCAUUCUUGGGAUAACACCGAACGACUGAACCAGUGGCUCACCGAGAAGCGAGAUCUGUACGAAGACUAUAAGCACCAGAGCGGCGAACACGAUGGACCGCAGAAAAUUGUGCUGGUCUGGUUGAUAGCAAAAGACAUAUUUCAGCGGCUGGAUCGCGAUAUAACGUUUGAAGAGAUCUCCAUUGCGGACCGCGGCGAUAGCGUGUUGACAGUGCCGCAAGAAGAUUCUGUUGAUGAUGCCUCGACUCAAGACAUCAGGGCUCCUGUCUUCGAACUUUGA